AUGAACAGCCAGUUACCACAAGACAUUAGAGAAAUAUUAGAAAAUUCUAUUGCUGAGCAACCACCUGAUCCCGUACCUGUUUCUAGGCAGAGGCAGAGGAGCAGCAGUGUUAGUAGCAGCAGUAGCAGUAGCGUUAGUAGCAGUAGCAGCAACAGCAGCAGCAACAACAGCGACCAAGAAGAUGCACAAGAUCAAUGGGAAGUUGAUUCUAAUCCUAUUGUAGACGAUACCGUCAAUCAAUUAGAGAUAAACGACCCAGACGACCCAAUCCCUUCAAAUUCUCAAGCUGUUCACACUAAAAACGAGCUCAUUCAACAUACCAUACGCCCACUGCCUUUUGAAAAGUUCCCUGAAUCUGUUGAAUUGAUUAAAGUUGGUCACUUGCACUCACUCAUCGAAAAUACGCUUGUUAUCCAAUCUUCUGUUUCCGGAAAAGACAAGACUCUCGAUCAAGGCACGCUACUAUGCUUACAUGACGGCAAGCUACUCGGUGAGAUUUUUGAAACCUUUGGCUCUGUUGACGCACCUGUUCAUUCCGUCCUUAUUGAAGACGGUGCUGUUGAUAGGAACUUGGUGACUCACAAUGACCAUGUCUUCUACGCUCCUCAACACGCUACUAUCAUCGACACUCGCUCACUCUAUCAAGUUAAGGGCUCCGAUGCGUCUAAUCUCUACGAUGAAGAACUCCCUGAUUGGCAGCAAGAGCAUUCUGACGAUGAGGCUGAGCAAUCUGCUAAGAAGGAGAAGAAGGCGGGUAAGAAGAAGAGCAAACCGCAACAGCCAAAUCAGCAACAUCACCAGCAGAGACAUGCUGAUGACUUUGUCGAUUACACACCGCGUCAAAGGCCUGUCCAGCUCGAUUACAAUGCUGGUGAUUUCAAUCCUGAAGUUGCCCUCCAGCAGCAGCCAGUGCAGCAAUCACAGACGCCAGCGCAAAUGUCUAAUCAAUACAAUCCAUAUCAAUUCAUGCAAAUGCCUUUUAACCCUAUAGUAAUGGCCCAACAAUAUGCAGCGAUGCAGGCGCAAUUAGCAGCAAUGCAAAACUGGCAGAAUCAAAACAACAACAACCCGCAGUGA